ACAUGAUGGCUGCAUAACUGCAUCCAAGGCAAGGGUAUCCAGAAAGUGGCCCCAGGGAAUUCUACAAUGCAAAUGCCGCGAUCCUUAAUAUAGAGGUGAAUCUAGUGAAGACUUCUGUGUAGCUUCUCUUAUGAAAAGAUGAGAAUCUUUGCCAGUAAUUCACAAAGUCUGAUGCUAGUGUCUGCAAAGGAAGGGGAGAUGCUUUCAAAACCUCUGGGUUGCAAGGGAAGAGUCCCUGUACAGAUGUGUGUGGUGUUUCUGGGGAGAGGCUGUGCCAGACUGACUGCAAUGUCUCAUUGCAUUGGACUCCUGUCCAUUGCCUCUAAACUGAACUUGCUGGUUUUGCUGCUUUCUGCAUUGUGCUUCUGUUCAUGCUUAAGUGACAGAAUUCCAGAGUUUGCCCUCACAAAAAUAGAAGACAGUGACUUAAAAGAAGAAAAUGGCAAAGAGUCAGUAGCAGAGGAUGAUCUUGAUCCUGAAGACUUAGAAGUGUUUUACCCAACAUAUCAGUGGCAAACAGUCCGUCCAGGUCAGGCUGUUCCUGCAGGGUUACAUGUGCGAUUAAAUCUUCAAACAGGGGAAAGAGAAGCCAGGCUUCCAGAUAACAAAAAUGAAAAAAGUGAUAUGAAAGACCAGGAGAAAAGGAAAAGGCUGGACGAGAUGCAUAUCAACUCAAACUCAUUUACAUCACAGGAACUCAAAGAGGCUUUGGCUAAAAUGAAGGAAAAAGAAAAGACAGAAAGCACAAUGGAACAAAAGGCUAAUUUGGAAGAUGUGAGACAAAGAUUUCGUCCCAUAGAAGAGCUGAAGAAGGAGUUUGAAGAACUCAACAUGAAGAUAGAAACUGAUUUUGAAAUUAUGGUUAAAUUAAUCAACAAAUUCAAUAGCUCUACUUCUACUUUGGAUGAAAAAGUAGCAGCACUGUAUGACCUUGAAUAUUAUGUUCAUCAGGUGGACAAUGCAAAAGACUUUCUUUCCUUGGGUGGACUUCAGCUUGUGAUUAAUGGAGUAAACAGCACCGAGCCUGUGCUAAAGGAACAUGCUGCCUUUGUCCUGGGAGCUGCACUAUCUAGCAAUCCCAAAGUUCAGGUGGAAGCAAUUGAGGGUGGUGCUCUACAAAAACUGCUGGUUAUUUUAGCUACGGAACAACCAUUGGCUGUGAAGAAAAAGGCUCUCUUUGCUUUGUCUUCGAUGCUGAGACACUUCCCCUAUGCCCAGCUGCAGUUCCUCAAGCUUGGUGGCCUUCAAGUACUUAGAAAUCUCUUCAAAGAAAAAGGCAUGGAGAGUCUCUACAUACGUGUUGUGACGCUGCUCUACGACCUUAUUUUGGAAAAGAUGCUGCUUGAGGAUUCAGAGAACAAGGAAGACCAAAUGAAAGAGAAAGUUCAGCAGUACAAACAAGUGAACCUGGUGCCAGCUGUGGUGGAACAGGGCUGGUGUGUGAUUAUUUCUAACCUCCUGGCAUUGCCGGAGCAUGACACUAGAGAAAAAGUUCUAAAAACAGUGCGCAUUCUGAUGGCUGCCUGCAGGGACGGAUACCAAGGGGACUAUGCCCUCAGCACCACACUGAGCAUGCUCCGCACCGAGUACGAAGAACUGGCAGCAGAAGAACAAAGGGAAGGGGACAAAGAUGGCUAUUUUAAGGAGCUCCUUAGCUCUAUAAAUACCAUUAUUCAGGAGUUAAGAUCAGGAUAUCUGUAAUCUGACGGAGCUUUAAAAAAAAAAAAUUCAUGACAACCUGGUGAAUUUUGAUGGACAUGCAUAAACAAACUAUUGAGUAAACUGCUGGUCUAAGCAAAAUCCCUCCACAAAGCAAGUGAGCCAACAGCUCCAUUAUUAAAGAAAGAUGCACACAUUUUGGGAAGUGUUUUCAUUUCACAUCUUGGUCCAUACUAAUAUACCGGAUAAUGGGAUAUACGUGUUUAAGGAAUAUUGCAUCUUGUCCUCAACCUCUAAUAUGUUUAAUGUAAGUGACAGAAUGUUAAAAUCUGUUCAGUAAAAUGCAGAUUCUUCAGGUUCUAAACAACUGAUGCAUUUUUGAUCAUGUACUUGCUAAUUCAGACAACUAUACAUCUGUGCUUUGUAAAGGAAAAAGACUUUCCCACGCAACUGUGA